AGUUACAUUUACUCAGUUACAUUUACCUGAUGAGGUUUUUGGAUAAGUUGUACUUCUAAGAUAGUUUUAUAUCAUCUCCAUACUUUUUACAUUUACUUGAGUAGGUUUGUGAAGAAGACUGUACUCUUACUAGACUCCAUUAGGCUACACUGAGCUGGUUACUUUCUUCUUUACCCAUUAACUAUCCUACGCAUUAUUAUCCCCCCGUGCAUCAAAUUAAUGUUGUAUUUUGUCAGACAGAGGGACUUCCGCCAUAGGCUCUACCACCUGACUGUGUUCCUCCAAUCACAUUUGGAAAUGUGUGUUUCUUGUGCUGUAAUUUGUUAUUUUGUAAAUAUUUCAUUUAUUUUUAUGUAUUCUAUUAUUCUGUUGAUUGGAAGUACUCAAAUUUACCUAAAGAUUAUGAUUUUGUAUUUUUGUCUGAUUAAAUGCAUGUUUUCACAAAUUAAUCGGAUGUUACUCAACAGUUGCUCAGUACUUGAGUAGUUUUUUCGCCAAGUACUUUUUUACUCUAACUCGCAACACCUACUUGACUCACAUUUUUCUGAAGUAACGAUACUCUUACUUGAGUAGAAUUUUUGGCUUCUCUACCCACCUCUGUUGAUUUAUUUCUAGACUCCAUGAAGACUAGGUCAAAUGUCACAGCUUACUUAUGUAGAUUCAUCAGACAGGGUCAACAUAUGGUCGAAAGAUGAUGAGCGGGUACCUGUCUGCAAUGGGAGUGGUUGCUGGUGAACGCCGGGUGGGGAAGAUUUUGAGAACAACUCAUUGUCCCUAUCACGAAAUGCGCAAACGAGGCGCACGUAACCUUAACCCCAUCCCCUACACAGCUGCAUACAUGGGACACAAAAUCCACAUCGACCAGAACGAAAAACUGGUCAUCUUCGGAGUGACACACAUUCUAGCAGUAGACGGGUACAGCAGUAAGGUCGUUGCCCACACAACCAUGCCUGUCAAGAAUAACCUCAGGAUAUAUGAAGAAGUUUACAGAUCAGCAGUUCUUGAAUACGGGAUGUGGGACCAGGUCAGGGUGGACCAUGGCCGUGAAUUUUACUUGUCCCUCUACAUGCAGGAGAUGCUGUCUAACCACAGACACAACUUGCAAAGGCAACCAUAUCGCCAAACUCAGUCAACAAAGAAUCAUACGGUGGAGCGAUUGUGGGUCGAGAUAAAUAACAGGGUAAAUUACCCAGUGAAGGAGGCCCUCAUACAGCUGCAGGAUCAGGAAGUCCUCAACAUGGAUGACAACGUGACAAGAUACUGUACAUCUAACCUUACUGCUGAGCUGUGCAAGAUUGGCAUAACAAGAGCUGUACAUGCAUGGAAUGCACACAGAAUUCCUGGCAAAGGAACACCCAAUCGCCUUGCAGCAGGAGGAUGUCCAAAGAAACUGGGAGAGGAGUUGUUGCCACAUGCCUUCCGAGCAGCAGACAUGUACGAGCAGGAUGUUGGCUCUUCACUAACUGGAGUCUCCUGCUUUGGAACGGACCCCUUCUCAACUGAGGAGGACAAAGUAUCAGCAGAACAACUUUUUGCUGAAGAAUACCCUGAUAUUUCAGUUUUAUUAGAUAACGUGGUAAACUAUAACUUCGUACCUUUUCAAGAUGCAUUGCUGUAUCUGAUAAACAUUACGCAGCAAUAUGCAUGAACAUGUCAAAUAAAGGCAAGUU